AUGUCAGAAAAGACAGACUACACGCUGCCGCCUGCCUUGGAUCUUAAACUCGACAAGAAUGCCUUUAGAAAGACGGAGAUUCUUUUUGCAAUUGGGUUGCCCUUAGGUAAACAGUUCAAGAAGAUCUUAGAAAAACUUCGUGAAUACACCACUGGUUACUUAGCUCUGCCCAGAUUCAUGAAUAUCUAUACUGACUCUAAUGGAGUGAAGCGUAAAUUAGUGCUAAUACGAAGGAUUGACGACUCCAAAGUGUGGGACCAACUUCGAAACCUCAAUGUGGACAUUCCAUUGACUCCAAAUGAAGAUAUCACCUACUUGGAAUCACAUCCAAGUGCUCUCCUUGUGGAGAAUUGCUCACCAAGUGAGCGGACCGAUGGGCAAACUUUGCCUUCUAAGCCUUGUGCGUUUCGCAUGCCCUUGGAGUACGAAAAUUACCCUCUUGAUCGCGCCCUCAAAGUGGUGUUGCCAUCAGACAUGGAGGCCGUAACUGGAUUUACGUUGAUUGGUCAUGUGGCACACUUUAAUCUUAAACCGGCCGCCUUGCCCUAUCGAAAGCUCAUAGGUCAAAUUGCUCUGGACAAACUGCCUCUGGUGCGAACUGUAGUAAACAAGGCGGCGAAAAUAGACGCCGAAUUUCGGACUUUCGCAGUGGAUUUGAUGGCUGGGGAGGAGAAUUACCUGACUGAGGUGAAAGAAAAUGGCGUUACUUAUCAUCUGGAUUUCUCAAAGGUCUACUGGAAUUCACGCCUUGGUAAAUGGUUCUUAAAGAGUUCCUCACCUUUUUUAGGAACUGAACAUUGCAGAAUCAUUGAGGAAAUAAAGUGCAUCGCGAAGACGUCGGAUGCAACAUCCGUGGUUGUUUUCGAUGUAUUUGCGGGUGUUGGGCCAUUUUCCAUACCUCUAGCUCGUACUGGCAGCUGUCAAGUCCUUGCCAACGACCUUAAUCCUGACGCCUUUCAUUUUCUUCAGGAAAAUGUGCGUCGAAAUAGCUCCAAAAGGCACCCGCUUACGACGAAACAAAUCAAGUGCUUUAAUUUGGAUGGCAGAGACUUCAUUCGACAGGUUAUCCUUCCAUAUUACGAAACGGCCUCACAAUCUGACUCGACCGAGUUCUUCAUGCUCAUGAAUCUUCCGGGACUAGCUAUUGAAUUCCUGGACGUAUUUAGAGACUUCAAAGCCGAUUUCCCUACUAAACCCAUCCACAUUCGAUGUUACUGUUUUGUUCGUCACAGUCUCGAAAACGACACUUCAAAAAGUAUGAAACAGACGGAGGCAGAUACGGACACUCGUAAAAGAGUCUGCGAGGCUUUGGGUGUUGAAUUUGAUGCAAUCUCUGUGGAUGAUCAACAUGAAAACUCUUCUGGUACCUAUUUAACUGGGUGGAAGGUCCGGUUUGUACGAAACACGGCGCCGCUUAGGGACAUGUACUGUCUACAGUUCGAUCUCCAUCUCUGUGCGUCCCAUGCUUCUGCUAAGCGACCGAGAAAUGAAUAG